AUGCGCCCUUCUACCCUCUCCGCCAGCACUGCCACCAAGGCCUUCCGCUGCGCUGCUCCUGCUUCCCGCUACCCUAGGGCCUUCUCUUCCUUCAGCGCCACUCGUCCCGCUCUCAGCGCCACCCCGAGCUCCCGCCUCGCCUCGCCUCUCUUCUCCGCCAACCAGACCGGCUUUGCUGCCCCAGUUGCUCUGCGCUUCGCCUCCCAGUCGAGAACCAUGGCCACCGCCAAGAAGAUCCAGGUCAAGAACCCCGUCGUCGAGCUGGACGGUGAUGAGAUGACCAGGAUUAUCUGGCAGGCCAUCAAGGACAAGUUCAUCCACCCUUACCUUGAUGUCGAUCUCAAGUACUACGAUCUGGGAAUCCUGUACCGUGAUGAGACCAACGACCAGGUCACCAUUGAUGCUGCUGAGGCCAUCAAGAAGUACUCGGUUGGUGUGAAGUGCGCCACCAUCACCCCCGAUGAGGCGCGUGUCGAGGAGUUCAAGCUCAAGAAGAUGUGGUUGUCGCCCAACGGUACCAUCCGGAACAUUCUUGGUGGCACCGUGUUCCGCGAGCCCAUUGUGAUCCCCCGCAUUCCUCGUCUUGUACCGGGUUGGAAGCAGCCGAUCAUCAUCGGUCGCCACGCUUUCGGUGACCAGUACCGCGCUAAGGACCGCGUCAUUGAGGGCGAGGGUACCCUUGAGAUGGUCUUCACCCCCAAGGGCGGCGAGCCUGAGACCAUCAAGGUCUAUGAUUUCCCCAACGGCGGCGGUGUUGCUCAGACCCAGUACAACACUGCCGAGUCCAUCUCUGGUUUCGCUCACGCCUGCUUCAAGUAUGCUCUUUCCAAGAACAUGCCUCUGUACAUGAGCACCAAGAACACCAUCCUGAAGAAGUACGAUGGCCGCUUCAAGGACAUCUUCCAGGAGAUCUAUGAGAAGGACUACAAGACCGAGUUCGAUGCCAAGAAGAUCUGGUACGAGCACCGUCUCAUUGACGACAUGGUCGCCCAGAUGGUCAAGAGCGAGGGUGGCUUCGUCGCUGCUCUCAAGAACUACGACGGUGACGUCCAGUCUGAUAUCGUUGCCCAGGGCUUCGGCAGUCUGGGUCUCAUGACCUCGGUGCUCAUCACUCCUGACGGCAAGACGUUCGAGUCUGAGGCUGCGCACGGAACCGUCACCCGCCACUACCGCGAGCACCAGAAGGGCAAGGAGACUAGCACCAACCCCAUUGCCUCCAUCUUCGCCUGGACCCGUGGUCUGGCCAAGCGUGGCGAGCUCGAUGGCACCCCUGAUGUUGUUGCCUUCGCCGAGGCUCUUGAGAAGGCAUGCAUUGACACCGUCGACGUUGAUGGCAUCAUGACCAAGGAUCUGGCUCUCGCCUGCGGUAAGAAGGACAGGGAUGCGUACGUCACCACCAACGGCUACCUCGAGGCCGUUGAGAGGAGGUUGAAGCAGCAGCUGAAGGAGAAGUUGUAA